AUGGUCGCCAAGCCCUACAACCUCCCCUCCGAGCCCGAGUUCGAGCAGGCCGUCCACGAGAUCACCUCUACCCUCGAGCCCUUCCUCGACGCCAACCCCGAGUACCGCAAGGCGCUCGCUGUUGUCCAGAUCCCCGAGCGUAUCAUCCAGUUCCGUGUCACCUGGGAACGUGACGAUGGAACCAUCGCCGUCAACCGGGGAUACCGUGUCCAGUUCAACUCUGCUCUUGGCCCAUACAAGGGUGGUCUCCGUCUCCACCCCUCCGUCAACUUGUCCAUCCUCAAGUUCCUCGGAUUCGAGCAGGUCUUCAAGAAUGCGCUUACUGGCUUGAUGAUGGGUGGUGGAAAGGGUGGUUGUGACUUUGACCCCAAGGGCAAGUCCGACAAUGAGAUCAGGCGAUUCUGCUACGCCUUCAUGCUCGAGCUCUCCCGACACAUUGGCGACAACACCGAUGUCCCCGCUGGAGACAUUGGUACCGGCGGUCGCGAGAUUGGCUUCAUGUUUGGCGCGUACAAGAAGUACAGGAACGAGUUUGUCGGUGUCUUGACCGGCAAGGGUGCCGACUGGGGAGGAUCCUUCAUCCGUCCCGAGGCCACUGGUUACGGUCUCGUUUACUACGUCACCGAGAUGCUGCGCGACCUCGACAACACCGACUGGAAGGGCAAGCGCGUCCUCCUCUCCGGUGCCGGAAACGUCGCCCAGUACGCCGCUCUCAAGGUCAUUGAGCUCGGCGGAAAGGUUCUCUCCCUCUCCGACUCAACCGGUUCGCUCAUCGCCAACGACGACGAGGGAUUCUCGCCAGAGGACAUCCAGACCGUCGCCGACAUCAAGCUCGCCCGCAAAUCCCUCACCGCCUGGUCCCAGGACCGCUUCACAUGGCACGAGGGCAAGCGUCCCUGGACAUUGGUCUCCAAGGCCGAUGUCGCUCUCCCUUCCGCAACCCAGAACGAGGUGUCCGAGGAGGAGGCCAAGGCUUUGAUCAAGGCCGGCGUCCGAUACGUUGCCGAGGGUUCCAACAUGGGCUGCACCCAGGAGGCUAUCGAGGUAUUCGAGGCGACCCGCGCUGCCACCACCUCCGCCACCGAGACAUCUGGUGUCUGCUACUACGCCCCCGGAAAGGCUGCCAACGCCGGUGGUGUCGCUGUAUCCGGUCUCGAGAUGGCCCAGAACUCUGCCCGCCUCAAGUGGACCCCCGAGGAGGUUGACGCCAAGCUCAAGGACAUCAUGGUCACUUGCUACAAGACAUGCCGUGAGACUGGUGAAAAGUACUCGACCAAGGGUGCGAUCCCCUCGCUCGUGGCCGGUGCCAACAUUGCUGGAUUCAUCAAGGUCGCCGAUGCCAUGCGCGACCAGGGUGACUGGUGGUAG